AUGAUAAUUGAUAAAAAGAAAAUUAAAGAAUUAUUAAAGAGUGCUUCAUUUAAUACUGUCUCGUGUCUCUUUAAUAAUCUGAUUUAUUUUGUUAUAGUCCACUACCUUUCCAUAAACUCGAAUAAUCCUUCACUUUAAUAAAACGGCAUAACUAUAGCAUAAACAAUAUUAGUCAUUACAUUGGAUCCUGUUUUCAAUGCUUUUGCAAAUGGUUUGAAAAUGCUCUACUCAUAAUAUUUUGCUAAUAUUAAUCUCAAUGAAAAUAAAAAUGUCAAUAUCCUACUCUAUUAAAGCAUAUCUUUCUGCUCUAUUUUAGGACUUGUUAUAUUUUUUUUAUGCUUAUUAUUUUGCGAUGCACUUUUUGGUCUUCUGAAUUAUAGAUAAGAAACAAUUGAUGUAGCUAUGAUUGGAUUAGCAUUCAUUUUUAUCAGUAGAAUAUUUUUUAUAAUAUAUGAAUUUUAACGUUCAAAGCUUCUGGGAAUGAAAGUGUUUGGCCCAUUUGCUUAUUUCUAAACUGCUUCAUUUAUAGUUACUACCAUGGCUUGUGAAUUAAUACAUCAUAUUUGCGAAGUAGGAAUUUAUGAAGCAGGAAUGUUAUUUAUUUUGCAUGAUUUUUUAAAAGUAUUAUUCCUUUUUGUUUAUAACAAAAAUAACAAGAACAUUAAAAUUUAACCUUUGCUUGAAGUUUAACAAAGCGAAUAGAGCUAUGUGCAAACAAUUUAAAAUACUAUAAAGGAUAUGAUAAAAGAAAGACAACAAUUAAUAGAUUUAAUAAAAUAUGUUAGACCAAUUAUCUUUAUUAUAUUUUUGGAGUGCUUAUUCUUUAGUUUUUCAAUUAUUCUCUCAGGAAAAUUCUCAGAUGAAUAUAUAGUUGCAGCAGUUUGCUUUUCUAUGACAAAUACAAUAGUAUUUAAAGGAAUUAUAGGCCUCUUAGAAGCACUCAUAAGCUUUAGUGGUACUGCAUUUGCUUCUAGAGAUUUUGAAGGAACAAAAGAAUAUUUAAAAUACACUCUCAUUUUACUUUUUUGCUACGAAAGCUUAUUUAUCUUAGCCUUAUUUACAUUUUAAAAUUACUGGGCUCAUGGAUUUACCUAAGACCCAAUAGCUCUUGAGUUGAUUCAUUUAUAUAAAUAUAUAUAUCUGAUGACAAUACCUUUAGAUGGAACACAAGUUCUAUUGUCAGGUUUUCUAUAAACUGUAGAAUUAAAGUAAAUUGUUAAAUAAACAGAAAUAGUUAGCUUUUUUAUCAUCGGAUUGCCAGCUAUAUAUCUUAUGGGUGAUACUUUUGAUCUUAAAUUAGGUGGUAUUUGGAUAGCUGUUGGUCUUUGUAACAUUAUAAAUGUUGUAACAUACACAAAAGCGAUUUUGUCAAUUAAUUAUGAAGUUUAAUACAAAAUUGUCUGCUAGAACUAAGAAAUAGUAGAAUAAAAUUCACUAUAAGACGAUGAAGAAAAAUAAACUUAAGAAUUGCAACUAGUUAAUUCGUAAGACUGA